AUGACAACACGGCACGUUGGGGACUUCGCGGUGACGAUUCACCGUGUGCAGUUUAACGGCGACGACUGGGCUGUUCUGCUGGAGCGGAACCGUGCUGCGCUGUGCGAGGCGCUGGACACUGACGUCUGUGGCGCGGUGGGCGUGCCUCGUGGCUCCGUCGUCGAUGUGGAAUUUACUCUGGGCAGCUUGUUUGCCACGUUUAGUCUCCGCUACCUUCCUUCGCUGCGUAAGAGUGACGUGGAUAAGCGCCUUGCCCAGUGUGACUUUGCUGAGAUGUGGAAGCUGUACGAUGGCCGGGACCAAUUGCACGGCGCCCAUGGUGCAAUGCCCGCUGCCGUGCCUCUGGCUGCCAAGGAGGAAAUGUUUCCUGUGCUGCUCGCCACCGAAGAACGCGAUGUGACCCCGCUGAAACUUCAGUCUCCAGAAGAAUUGUCGCCACCGCGUGGAGAUGGUUCUUGCCCAGUCGUGAAGGUGCUGAAACCGCCCCCAGGUCUAUUAGGUAAAAACCUUGAGGAGGGAGGUACAAUACCACUUGAGACAGCGAUGACAACACAGCACGUUGGG